AUGUCUACCAGUCGUUAUUUAAACUGGUCGCGACCGUCACCCGGUAGACAUCCGCUCCGAAAGCAGAUGUCCUGCUUCGAAUCGUUCUCCGGUGGAAGAAGUCUUUCGGUAAAUAAUCUCACCUCGUCCGCUAACAAAAGUGUUGAUUUCGCUACCUUCGUAACGGCAGCGAUUAUUCACACGAAUCGUUUUCAAAAUUAUCCCGCCUAUCAACAGCAGAAUCUUUCGCGACGUGGCAGUGCAUCAAUCGAAAUUGUCGAAGAUAACGAAUCAUCACCCUCGGGUAAAGUGAAUCGCCGACCGGCCAGUGCCCAUACCACCACAUCGUCGUCGUCCGGUUCGACCAGAUCGGGUUCAUCAUCCGCGAUGGCCAGAAGAGUGAACGAAGGCCGGAAAGUGUUUGCUAAGCAGCUCUCGCUGGACAGUCCUAUGCUGAAUGGCAAAGGUCCAGCGGCAGGCCACGCCUGGACUACAGAUUCCACGUCCAGUCGGGCCUCGUCCCUUAGCGGUGGUGGUGGUGGUUCGACAUCUCCCAGUAGUGCAUCGAAGCAACCAGCUAAUCAGGAGCAGAGCAGUAGCGGAGGGUCCACAACGUCCGGAAUAAAGAAGCGACCCUCGGGAGUGGGCGCUAAAAAUGAACAAACUGACGAGCGCAACAAGAAGGCCCUCCUGCAGGACAAGGAUGCUCGAAUCAACAUCAAGAUCUUUCUCGGGCAAACCAUUCAGCAGGAUUCUUCCGACAACGGCGUUAGCGAUACGGAGUGUUCCGUGCUGCAGGCCACGGAUACCAACCAACAGCGUCCCACGCCCAAACCAAACCAGCUGCCCCAACCAGCACACCACCAGCUGUCAGCAGGCAAUCAGAAGACGACGGAAGCGGAAAAUUCGCACUCGGAAGUUGUUGAAAGUAAAGCUUCUAAGGCAGCAGCAGCUCCUUCCGCUGGUGGUCGUAGCUCAUCGCUAGCACAGCGCCGAGCUCAGUUCCACGCCAGCCGUCAGCAGUCGGAAGCCCACACCGAUCGACGCCCGCCUCUGGUGCGGGCUAUGUCAGCACCGAACCGACCGAUAGAAGAAAACCCUAAGUUCCUACAAAACAAGAAAAAACCUCGCAAAAAGAAACCGUUACGCGAACGAGACGAAAUCAACGAGUGCGAUGAAGACGAUUUUGACGAUGCAGAAGCGGUCAAACUCAAUACAGCCAACAACAAGAAUUCUAUGCUCGGUCCUCGAUCGCGUUCCGUCAUAGGAGGCACGGCGUGUGAUAUCGAAACACUCGUAUCGUUACUCAGUUCCGGUGGAAGUGAUUCAGAGAAGGAAGAUUCCACUCCGAACGACGCGGAUUGCUGCAACGGCGGUGGCGCACCGGUUCACCCUAAUAUAAUCGGAUCUGCACUCAAGUCACGUGCUCCAAUGCUCAAAAAGACAGGAAAGUCGGUUUCAUUUCAGGAAAGCGAAUUGAAACAAUCCGCUGGCCUCAACCGAGACUAUUACACGGCUGCCCAUCGCAAACCACCAUCACUGCAGCCGAUUGCGAACCGAAUCCGAAGAAGUCAGCAGUUGGCCAGCUCGUUUAACGCUUUUCAUUUGAGAGAUAUGAAGAAAAGUUCAAGUGAAGAAAGUAAACCGGACGAUGACAAAUCGGGACAUCCCGACGAUGCGGAACCUGGUGAAACGAAUGAGCUAGAGUCGGUUUCAUCCAAACCACAAGCGACAGCAAAUUCCAAAUCCACCGCUACGGCCGGUGGAAACCAGGAUGGAGGAGAUGGACAAACACCCAAAGAGCGGGAGUGCUACCGGUUGUACCAGAAAAUGGCCAAUAUGGGGUUAGCCGUUUCGUACGAUACGAUCCUGCGCGGAAUGUUAACCCCAACAGAGCUUCGAGUGCUGCAGAAGCAGCGAUCGAAAUUGCAAAAGCAACAGGAAUCUAGACAGAACAGUAGUGAAGCCGAGAAUAACGAAAGCAGUAGUGGCGGGGAUGCUAAUAAGAGUGACCCGUUGCCUAACUUAGCCAGUUCAGUUCGUAUGACGGAAGAGCUUGAAGUUACCAGUGAACCAGUGGUCAUUGCUACAGAAUUACAACAAAUCGUAGGUCAGUGA